UGUUUUGCAGUGCAGAGUGUCAGUGAAGUGUUCCCAAGAUCAUUGAAGCAUGCUGAUCCCAUUUUCAUUGAAGAAUGGCUUCCAGUUGCUUUGUAACCACAAGGUCCCAGUGGCUGGCUUUAAGAACACAGCAAAAAGUGGACUCAUUUUACAGUCGAUUUCUAAUGACGUAUAUCAAAACCUGGCUGUGGAAGACUGGAUCCAUGACCACUUAAAUCUAGAAGGCAAGCCAAUUCUCUUCUUUUGGAGAAAUUCUGCCUCUGUUGUCAUUGGUAGGCAUCAGAAUCCUUGGCAAGAAAGUAACCUAAACUUGAUGAGAGAAAAAGGUAUAAAACUGGCUCGGAGAAGAAGUGGAGGUGGAACAGUCUACCAUGAUAUGGGUAAUAUCAACUUGACCUUCUUCACAACCAAAAAUAAGUAUGAUAGGAUGGAAAAUCUGAAAUUAAUUGUGCGAGCUUUGAAUGCUGUCAAACCCCAGCUGGAUGUGCAGGCUACCAAAAGAUUUGACCUUUUACUUGAUGGGCAGUUUAAAAUCUCAGGAACAGCUUCUAAGAUUGGCCGGACUACUGCUUAUCACCAUUGUACCUUAUUAUGUAGUACUGAUGGAACCUCUUUGUCGUCUGUGCUAAAGAGCCCUUACCAAGGGAUCAAGAGCAAUGCCACUGCUAGCACACCUGCUGUAGUAAAAAAUCUUUUGGAAAAAGAUCCCACGCUGACCUGUGAUGUACUGAUGAAUGCUAUUGCUGCAGAGUAUGCUGCGUGCCAUCAGAUUGAUGGUCACAUUAACCUAAUAAACCCAACAGAUGAGAUACAGUUCCCUGGAAUAAAUAGCAGAGCCAAAGAACUACAAACUUGGGAGUGGAUAUAUGGAAAAACUCCAAAGUUUAGUGUAAACGCUACUUUUAAUGUCUUACAUGAACAGGCACACUUGGAAAUUAAAGUAUCCAUAGACAUAAAGAAUGGAAGAAUUGAAAUAUGCAAUAUUCAAGCACCUGAUCAUUGGUUACCACUGGAAAUUUGUGACAGAUUAAAUUCAAGUUUUAUUGGCAGCAAGUUUUGCCCAAUUGAAGCGACUGUGCUGACAAAUACAUUACUUAAAACAUAUCCAGAAGACCAUGAACUACACAGUAAAUGGAGUAUUCUCUGUGAAAAAAUCAGGGGAAUAAUGUGACUUCAAUUGAUGUUUUUAUGCUGACAGUUUUGAUGGAAAAAUAAAA